GGCAGAGCGCGAGAGGACUGCGCGCGCCCGCUCCGCGCGCGUCCACACAGCUGUACCCACCUACCGCCGCUGUUGUCAUGGUGACCCAGAUACCCGCCUGAUCGGGUGUGUGUGCACGAGCGGCAGUAAGGAGGGAGGAAAGGAAGGUAUGAAGGAAGGAGGGAGGGGAAUCAGUCCGUGAAAGAGGAGGAGAAGGAGGAGGAGGAGGAGGAGGAGAGGGUGUUCUGCCGAGGUGGACGUGGCGGGUCCGGAGGACUGAGUUACAGCGGCGGAGGGGAAACCGAACCGAACCGAACCGAGAAAAGCCAGAUUAGCGGAACAUGAAGCGGACCAGCCGCAGGCUGCUUCCAGUUGGGUGACGGCGCUGCGUUCACGGACCGCCUCCUCGCCAUCUCUGGAUUCCUCUCAACCUUCGGAUCAGAACCGAGCCUUCCAGCGGUCGUGGAGCGAGGAGGAGGAGAAGAGGCGGGGCUUAUCGACCUCAGCGAUUCUUCAGGUGUAGGUUCGGGGUGCGGUGAGGAGGCUCGGCUCCGCCCCUCGCCAUGACGGACUUGGAGGCUGAGUGUCUGAGCCUCGGCCUGCCGCAGGACUGCGACUCGCCUCCCCCGCCUCUGGAUGCCUCCCUGCAGGUGGACUGCGGCCCGGGGCCCGCCGGCUCGGCGCCCGGCCUGGCCCUCCUCUCCUCGGACUGCCCCACGCCCACCCUCAGCUCGCUGGCGGCGGAGAUCGCCGAGCCGCUGGUGAUGCUGCCGUGCGUGAAAAGCGAGCCGGAGGACGGGGACCUGGACCCCAUCCGGACCGUCGACCUGUCGGAGAUCCAGCCGCUGUCCACCGCCGAGCUAGGCCACGACCAGAUCAAGAUGGAGAUCAGCGGCCUCGACUACAUCAAGUCUGAGCACCAUGGUCACCAUGGCAACCCCCACCUGGGCCCGUUUCACCACGCAAAUGUGUCGGAGCUGGACUACAAGUCGCACUACGAGCCGUGCUCCGUGUUCGACUACAUCUCCCAGGUUACAGAUACUCUGGAGUACAUCAAGUCGGACCACGCCAUGGACCUGCACUGUUACUACGAGCUGGGCUCCCUGAAGUCGGAGUACUCUGAGUCCACCGCCAUGUCGGCCCACCUGCACCACAACGGCUUGGAGUCCAUCCACAUGGCCGAGCUGCGCACGGAGCUCAACAAGCUGCGGCCGGACGCCCUGCUGCUGGAUGGGAUGGGCAAACCGGACCCCGAGUUCGGAGGGGGGACGCUGUACGAGCUCCAGCCCGUCCAGGACGGGGCGGGGCGGGCCAGCCAGGCCGGAGGGGCGCCGGGUUUGCUCAUCAAGACAAAAACCCAGAGUCCCACUGUGAGGAAACCCAGGAACAUGCAGGGGGAGAAACCCUUCUCCUGCGCCCAGUGUGGAAAGAACUUCAGCACACUGGGAAACCUGAAAACCCACCAGCGCAUCCACACCGGCGAGCGGCCCUACACCUGCUCGCAGUGCGGCAAGAGCUUUGGCCAGGCCGGCAACCUCAAACGCCACCAGCUGAUUCACACGGGCCAGAAGCCCUACGUGUGCGCCCACUGCCCCAAGGGCUUCACCAAGGCCGACGACCUGCGCUCACACCAGCGGCUGCACACCGGCGAGCGCCCCUUCAUCUGCGCCGCCUGCGGCAAGAGCUUCGGCCAGUCCAAGGAGCUGAAGGCGCACCAGCUGAGCCACACGGGCGAGCGGCCGUACUGCUGCCAGCACUGCGGCAAGAGCUUCACCAAGGAGACCAGCUACCGCAACCACGUCCAGAUCCACACGGGCGAGAAGCCCUUCUCCUGCUCGCAGUGCGGCAAGACUUUCAGCAACUCCGGCGUCCUAAAAACCCACGAGAAGAUCCACACGGGCGAGCGGCCGUUCGGCUGCACGCAGUGCGGGAAGAGCUUCGGUCGCCUCGGCCACCUGAAGGCGCACCAGCAGAUCCACACCGGCGAGCGGCCGUACGCCUGCCCUCAGUGCGGCAAGACUUUCAGCCAGUCGGGCCACCUCAAAGCGCACGAGCAGAUCCACAAACGGGAGCGGGCGGACACGGCCAGCACCAGCAGCGACGGCGGCAGCAGCAGCAGCGGCGUGAGCAGCGACAGCAGCUAAAGCAGAACCUUUAACCUCCGGAGAAACAAAGUAUUAUUCCUGUUUUUAUACGAUAGAAAGUUUUCUUACAUUUUCAUACCUUUUGUGCUCUUUUACAUUUUAUCUGUGGGCAGUGAACUUAUGCAAGGCUGAGUGACUGAGUGAGUGCGUGCGUGACUGAGUUCACCUUAUAUACUGUGUGUCUGAGGGGGGGGCGGCGCUGGACCGGCUCUUCAGGACCGGUCCCUAUUUUUGGAGUACUUAUGAAACACAAGCACAAAAGUUUCAUGUUUUUUUGUUUUAUAUUUACGUGUUUUUACUGAAUGGGACCAUCAACGCCGGACUGACCAGAACUAAAUGAAAUGUUUUAGAUCAACUUCCUGUUUUCGGGUCACCAUCUGCAGAAGGAGAAAGUCUGCAGCUCUGAUCCGGUUCCGGCGGUUUGUGGGUUAAUAACUUCAGGUCUGUUCCGUGUGAAAUUCUGGCCUCGGAGGGCGUCCUGCUCGCAGCAGCGGCUCCUCUGAGGCCGCCGGUCGUCUCCCGUUGAUGACCGACGCAGCCGGCGUCUGUUGCUGACGAUAAUCAGGCAGGAGCCUCUUGCUCCGUAACAUUCCACGUUAUUUUUCUCAAGCUCGGUGGGAAAAUCGGGCCCCUAAGGACCAAGCUCAGCACAAACAUCCCAGCACCCCCCCAACCAUGGAGAUCGCUCACUGUGUACAAAUCUUUAACGAAUGAUGUUGUUCCAACAAAAUGUAACAAGAAAAGACAAAGUGAUGCAGCAUCUUGUUAUUAAAGAAUCUGAUGUUACCUUUAAA